AUGAAAGAAUUUACACGGCAGUUUCGCUGGCAUAGCCCCUGGACACAAAAUGUUAUCAGUGGCAUUGGUUUUGGGUGUUCUGCUGGACUGUAUGUUGCAUUGAACCUGCUCGGCGCUGGUGGCGGCCGACCGGACUCCGCACAAGUUGUUCAAGUUGUCAACGCUACACUCUGUUCAGUGUGGUUUCUAUCUUCAUCAUUUGGUGGUUCUAUUCUCAAUAAGCUUGGUCCAGGGCUGACCAUGUGCAUCGGCGUGCAGACUUACGCCGUGUAUGUUGGGUCGCUUUGGUACUACGACGAGACCGGCAAGCGAGACUAUCCUUAUGCUUCUGGCCCAUUGAUUGGUAUUGGGGCCGGUUGCGUCUUCAUCACGGCCGGUUACGUUGCGACUGCUUACCCCGAGGAAAGCGAGAAAGGAGCCUAUGCUACUAUGCUGAUGAAUCUGCAAGCAUUGGGCUCUGUCAUCGGUGGAAUCAUUCCCGUCAUCGUUAACCGUGAUUCCAACACGACUUCUGGCGUUCCGCGGUCUGUCUACAUUUCAUUCAUUGCAAUAAUGGUGAUUGGCGGCCUGCUAUGCCUCCUACUUCAACGGCCGCACAAGCUCAAGAGGGAUGACGGCUCGGUCGUUGCGGUGAAUCCUCCUCGAGGUGCUUGGGAAGAGCUCAGAUCCAAUUUGGCUGUAUUUAAAGACCCAACCCUGCUCAUGAUGCUUCCGGCUUUCUUCCCAUCGGAAUGCUUUCUUGUGUAUAGCGGGGCAGUCAACGCACACCUGAACAAUCUUAGAGCUCGGUCAAUUCUGAGCUUCAUCGCUGUUGUGUUGCAGAUUCCAGCAGGUUGGGCACUACAGUGGAUACUUGAUCACAAGGAGUGGGGUAGGAGGAAGCGCGGACUGAUAGGGCUGACGGCCGUAUCGAGUCCCAUGAUAGUGGCGUGGGUGUGGGAGAUGAUACGUGUAAGCGGAUAUGACCGCAAUCGUCCCCCGCUUGAUCCCACCGAUUGGACUGAGCCGAGAUUUGGAUGGAUCUUUGUGUUAUUCAUGCUGACAUGGGUGUCUUGCCAACUGUGGCACAACAUUGUCUACUAUUGGAUCGGCGCAUUGACAAACAACCCUCGAAAGUUAACACAUUACGUCGGGGUCUUCCGUGGAGUCCUUGGCGCAGGGGAGGCUUUGUGCUUUGGGCUAGACUCUAUCAAAGUUCCAUUCAUUGCUGAGGCAGGUGGAGUGCUUCUGUUCUAUAUUAUCGGGAUUUCGAUAUUCUAUUACUUGGGAUUGUACCAUAUGCAAGACACGAACUAUGACAAGAAGGAGGAAGGGGCAAUUGUGCCGAAUCAUGUACUCGAAGAGAAGGGAAUUGCUCCCAAUAGCAGGGGCGUAGACGCCACUGUCUGA